CUUGGCACAAGUCCUUCCCUUUAGGAGGGAAGGUAUUUAUUGGGAAAAACACAAAUAUCCCCUUCGUCUUUCAGUGUCGAGGUUGCCGUUUUGCCUUUUUACCUGAUGUUCCAUUUGUUUCAGAUUUGUUUGAUGUCUUUCCCUGACUGAAAUUUCUGACAAAGCGUUUGGAUGUAGAGUAGAUACAUUUGCUAAUGUAAUCGAACAUUCACAUAUUAAUAAUCAUUGAUUAUUAUACUGUCAAGCAUUUAUAACUGUUCCCGGUUAAAUGUACAGUAAGGUGACUAACAACGUGAUGUGUGUGCUAGAUUUGGAGCAAUGUUGUUUAUUUUUAUUUCUUUAGUUUGGAAUUCCAUAUUGAUGGAAAUUGAAUCUGAAUACAGAGUCUGAUGGAUAAGAUUCCAGUUUCGACUCUGGAGCUGAUCUGUCUAGGAUCGAGCUUUGCGUUUUCUGGAUUGUUUUACUACCUAUACAGGAAGAAAAAGGCCACUGUGAAUAUACUAAAGGGUGCCUCACAAUUGCAGAUCAAUGAUCAGUUGGUGGAAUUUCUGAACGAUACACCAGGAAAAUGCGUGCAGUACGCUGUUGUGGAAGGAGUUACCCGGCCGGUGAAGGAGGUCCUGCACAGUCAUUAUCAGGACAAGUGCAAUGGGGUGAUCCAACGGCUUAUUCUGAAAGAGCACAAGCUCAUAUGGAACCACUUGGCCAGGAGUUGGAAUGAGAGUGAACGGAUUAUACAUCAACGAGUGAACACUGUGCCCUUUGACCUGGUAUCCUCCUAUGGAGGAAGAAGGUCAGUCCGAGUGAUCAGUCCACUGGAAGCUUCGGGACUGGAAUUUGACACAGUGUAUGAACGGUUUCAUCAGGCAGCGCAAGGCUUGACUGACCUCAUUGGCCACUAUCUGAGCGGCGAGAAGCCGAAAGGUUUUCUUGAAACUGAAGAGAUGAUCCGUGUUGGAGCCACACUAACAGGAAUUGGAGAGCUAGUUUUGGAUUCCGAUAAGAUUGUCAAACUGCAGCCUCCCAGAGAUGGGCUGGAGUAUUUCUUAAGUACUUUGGAUUUCUCAAGCAUCCUGAAACAGCAGGAGUCAAGCAUUAGACUUUGGAAAGUCUUUAUGGCUGUCAGUAGUCUGGCAGGCAUUGUGGUGGUUGCAGUUGUCCUGCGCAGAAUGUACUGUCAGUUCAAUGAGAAAACAGAGCAGGAGGAAAUGAGGAGGAAAUACGAGUCGCUGAGGGUUGGUGAGAGCGGAGAUGUUGCUGGUGGGGCAGCAGGGGGCACCAAUGAAACCCCAGAGAAUGCCUGCGUGAUCUGUCUGUCGAACCCGCGGGAGUGUGUCUUCCUCUCCUGCGGACACGUUUGUUGCUGUUACGACUGUUUCCGGGCACUUCUGACACCCAGCUGUCCCAUGUGUCGAAGUCUUAUCGUCAGAGUGGUGCCUCUUUACCAGGCGUGAGUGUGUUCUGAAAACAAAUCAAGUGCCUUUUAAUUAGUUGUGUCAGUUGUUGUAAUUACACACUGAAUCUAUGGAACCCUUGAGUCAUGUUACAUUCUGGCCUUUGUAGCAUGCCUGGUGAUGGGCUUUACUGAACCUCUGCUCCUACCUAUAGUAUUCAUGGUUUAGUUGUGGCCUGUUCGAAAUACAGGUUGCUUGAAUUGACGAUAUGCUGUUUGAAGCUCCAUCGAGGACAAUAAAGAUCUGAUCAAGGCAGUGAGCUGAAUCGUCUUUAAUUGGUGUCUCUGUAAAAGACAUGACAAAACUCACAAGAUCAAUAUAAAGAUUCUGUUGUCAGCCCUGCAGCCAUCCUCUCUGCUCAGAAUUCACUAGUACAAAGAGUUGCCCAUCGUGCAAUGUUUUGACAUUUUCAAAGGACAUUCUGUAAUUUAAGAAAAAAACACAUUAAAACAAAGAACGAGUCUCAGUGAAUGUAUCCAGCGAUUAGCUGUACAGCCAUACAGACCAGCCUUGGCUGUGAUGCUCAUCAAAUAACUUGCUGACAGUUGCUGUCUAGGCUCAUGCUUGAAGCAUUACCACUUAAGUGAGGUACGUGAGGGCAACUGAUGCUCACGGAACCGAAACACAGCAAGAGGCAGUUUCAGGAACAGAGCCGAGAAAAUUGGAGAGAAAAUUUGGUGCCAACUUUUGAAAGGAAUAAAAUUAUAACACUUGUGUGAAGAGGAUUUCAGCAAUAUGUCCAUGUCUUCAAAUCUAUAUGUAACACAAGAGAAGAGUAGGAGUGCAUCACAGAAACUGUAAAUACAACCUCUUUAAGCUUGAUUUUUACAGAUAUCUUAACGUUGUAAAAUAGUGAUUCCUUGCAAUAGACUCGUAAGUGAAAGCGACAGUUUUCACAAGUAAAAUUCUUCGCUGUCUCAGAAGAUAUUCACUUGAACAAACAAAUGGUGGUUUUAUUACGUCAUGAAUUUGAACCCGAAAGCUCACAGGUGGCAGGGUGCAGAGAAAUAGAACGAGAAGUCUCAAUAAAAGCAGUUUGGGAAAUA